AUGUAAUCAUUUUUAGAAGAAGUUGAUAUUGAUAAUGAAAAGCUUUCAAAAAUCGAUAAAAUGCUUUCAAAAGUAGAUACAGAAAUAUAAAAACGUUUAAAAGAUUAUGAUAAAAUUCAAUUUAUAGAAACUUUAAAAAAAACAAAUGAUAUCUAUUAAUUAAUUGUUGGUGAAGUUUUUACAGACAAAGAAACUGAUACAGAAUUAGAUAAAAAAGAUGCAAGAAGAUUAUCUAAUAUAUAAUUAAAAAUAACUGAAAUAGAUUAAGUAAAAAAAGAAAUAGAAGAAACAGGAAAUGAACUUGAUAAUUUUCUAUAAAAUAGAAAUUUAAAUAUUUUCGACGUAGAAAAAUCUAAAGCAGAAAUAACAUUGAAGAAAAUGCUAAAAGAUCUUUCCAUAAAAAAAAGAAAAGCUGAAUAAAGCGAACUUUCAGCUAAAAAUCUUUUAGGCUUAUAAAAUUUAGAUGAAGAUACUUAUAAUAAUGAAUUAUAAAAUAAUAAUGCUGCUUUUAUUUUUAAAAAUUAAUAAAAUUUAAUAUAGAAUUAAAAAUAAAUAAUUUAAAAAGAAACAAUUGGAAUAUAAAGAGAAGAAGAUUCUAAAAAAGAUAAAAAAUUAGUCUUAAAUGACAAAGAAAAAGAUAAAUUUAAACAUAUAAUAGAAGAUAAUAUAAGAAUGAAAUUAAAAAUGCGUGAAUUAAUAGACGAAUUAAAAAUAAUAGAAACGGAAAAUCUAAAUAAUAUAAAAAGAUUUAAAAACUUUAUUAUGAAUAGUAAUUUAACCGACGACUAAAAAAAGCUUAUAAUAGGAAAAAUAGACGAUUUUUUUUUAUUAGAUAUAUAAAAAAGAUUAAAUAUUCGUGAACUAGAACAUAUGAGUAAAAUAGAUAAUGAAUAUUUGAAAGAUAACUUAAUAAAAUAAAUAAUUGGAGACUCUUUUUCCUUUGUAAAAAAAAUUAAAUAAAAUGAAAAACUCAAAAAAAUGAUAAGAGAAAAUCCUAAUUAUGAUCCUGAUUUUGACCCCAAUUUAUUGGAUGAAGGAUAAAAAAUUAUAACAAGGAGAGUCAAAAAAAUGGUACGAAAAUAAAACUCAAAAGGAGAGUGGAUAGAAGAAGAAAUUGAAGUAGAUGAAGAAUGUGUAGUUGAUAAAGAUGGAAAUAUACUUCGGACAAGAGAAAAACCUAAAGAAGGAUUAUAUACAGACCCUUCAAUAAUUGCUUUUGUAAAUUAAUUUGGUGGCUUGGCUGUUGGUGGGAGUAAAUUUAUCAUUCCAUAAAAACCUGGAAGACCAGUGGCUAAAGAUGGGUAAAAUAUUAAAGAAGGGGAAUGGUUUACAGAUUAAAAUGGAAACAAAGUAAGAAUGAUGAAAAAUGCAAAAGGAGAGGAAGAAUAUGAAGUUUAGGAAGAGUAUAUAGAUGAAUUUGGAAAUAAAUAAAAAAUAACAAAAAAAAUGAUUAUUUAGAAAGAUAAAGAUGGAAAUGAAAUAAUAACAGAAUCUUAUAUAGAUCCAAAAACAGGAAAAUUAAUUUAAGUCUAAAAAAAAGUUAUUAAAGAUAAAAAUGGAAAUGUAAAAAUAAAUUAUUAAAAAAAAAAUAUAAAUACAAAGGAAAUAAUAGAAGAAAUAAUAACUGAUGAAAAUGGAAAUGAUAUUGUAGAAGAAGAAAUAAUUGAUGAAUUUGGAAAUAAAACUAUAGUUAGAAAAAAAAAAAUUAAAGAUGCAAAUGGUAAUGAUGUUUAUAUAAUAGAAACAAUAAAUUCAGAUGGUACAAAAACAAUAGUAACUGAAAAAAUAGGUUUAAAUGGUGAAAGGAUUAUAACUGAAGAAAAAAUAUCUAAAAAUGGUAAAAGAACAUUUGUCGAAAAAGUUAUAAAAUUAGAUUCUGAUGGAAAGCCAGUAAUUGAAGAAUCUUCAUAUGAUGAACAUGGAAAUAAAAUUGUCAAAAAUAUCAGAAACAUAAUUGAUAAAGACGGUAAUAUUGUUUAAGUAGAAGAAUAUUUAGAUGAAAAUGGCAACAAAAUAACUAAAAAAACUAAAGUUAUAACAGAUAAGGAAGGAAAUAAAGUAACAGUCGAAGAAUUAAUAGAUUCAAACGGCAAUAAAAUAACAAAAUUAACUAAAUAAAUAGUAGAUUAAAAUGGAAAUAUAAUAACAAUAGAAGAAAUUAUUGAUGAAUAUGGAAACAAAAUAACUAAAUAAACAAAAUCAAGAAUUGAUAAAAACGGUAAUUAAAUAAUUGAAGAAGAAAUUAUAGACGCAGAUGGAAAUAAAAUAAAAAUUAAAAAAACUAUUAAUAAAGAUGGAACUGUAGAAGAAGAAAGAUAUAACCCAAUUACUGGAGAAACAAUUAUAAUUAAAAAAAAGUUUGAUUAAAGUGGACGAGAAAUAAUAGAAGAAACACGAAUAGAUAAAAACGGAAAUAAAACUACAACUACUAAGGUUAUUAGUUUAGAUAAAAAUGGAAAUUAAAUCAUUGAAGAAAGUUAUAUAGAUCCAAAAACAGGUAAAAAAAUCACUGUCAAGAAAAAAAUUUGCAAAGAUAAUGACGGAAAUGAAAUAGUAGAAGAAACUAGAAUAGAUGAAAAUGGUAAUGUUACAAUUGUAAAGAAAAAAAAUUAUAAGGAUAAAGAUGGAAAUAAAAUUAUAGAAGAGGAAAUAAUAGGAUCAGAUGGAAAAAAAUAUACAGUUAAAACAAAAAUUUACAAAGAUAAAGACGGAAAUGAAAUAAUAGAGGAAGAAAAAAUAGAUGAAUUUGGAAACAAAAUUAUUACUAAAAGAAUAAAGGAUAAAGACGGAAAAGAAAUUAUAGAAGAAAUUAAAAUUGAUAAAAACGGGCAAAAAACUAAGCCAAUUAGAUAAAUAGACACAGACUGA